AUCCCUCAUCACUGUGACGUCACGGAGCUUCAUUCUGUCAAGAUGUUGUUCGGUUCCGCGGAUGAGAGCAGAUCAGCGUGAUUACAGCGACGAGACAGCGACAAAAUCAACCAAAUCCGAGAUCUGUGACAUCAACAAUUACUAUGGAGUUAAAGAAAGCCAUUUCUGCAAGCGAAGCGACGAUGAAAACAUACGGCGCGCUGCAGGAGACAAACCGGAGCAGAGACAAAGGCCAGAUGGACGUGUCCAUGGCUGAAAGCUCCAUGUCUGCAGUCGAGCUGGAGGCGGAAAUGGCUCGGAUUCAGCGUCUGCGGGAGGUGCUGGUGAGACGCGAGUCUGAGCUGCGCUUCAUGAUGGACGAUAUUCAUCUCUGCAAAGACAUUAUGAAGCUGAAGCAAGAGCUGAGGAAGAUAGUGGCAGUGCCAGAUGCAGAGAAGACUAAGAAACAUCGUCAGAGAGAAGAGAAAUUAAUCCAGGAGAUUCAUCAGCUGGUGCAGAAGAGAGAUUUCCUGGUGGACGAUGCUGAGGUCGAGCGUCUGAGGGAGCAGGAGGAAGAUAAAGAGAUGGCCGAGUUCCUCCGACAGAAGCUCAGCGUUACACAGAGAGCUCCGAAGCCCAGAACGGCCGAACCUCCAGCCAACAAACCCUCCAUCAGCAAGAGCAGCGCGGCCCUCAUUAAGGACUGCUGCGGAGCCACUCAGUGCGUCAUCAUGUGAAGACCAUCACUGAGAUCCCCCAGAACAAAUCAUAUUACCUGAAUUUGAUGAAUAUAAGUUUGUUGACUGGAGCAUUAGAAAGACGUUCAGCCCCUCUGUGAUUCUGCAGCAUGUCAGUGACUCGGGAGGAGCACGAAACAUCCCCGAAACACCAAACCCAGCUCAAAGAGAAGCAUCUGUUUAUACUUCACUGUAAUGAUACGAGUCACGAAGAAUCACUCACAAGCACAACAGAAUCACAUCUAACAGAAACUUAGUUAAGAAAUGUUAAAUAGCACUGUUGUGAGUUUUCAAACACGUGUGUCACAAUCCUGUGUAUGUUAGAGGCUCAUCAGACAGUUUACAGACACUUCAUCUUAGACAUUAGGAGCCCCUGUAAAAAACAGUCACUCAGUAAUUAUGACUGAAUUCAUCAUAUUUCCUGGACAGUUCACUAAACAUUCCCCUUAAACAUUUGGGGGUUUUGUUACUCUUUUUCUUUAAAAAGGAACAUGAUCGUGAACACAGAAGUGGAACACACCCAUGUCAGUAAUAAAUGUGCAUAAACAUACAAACUAUGUUUGGAGUUACAGCAUUUAUUUGCCUUUUGAAAUAUAGUGGUAUUUGAACAGGCCUGAUGAUCAGAAAUAAUUAGACAUAAACUGAAUCUGAAUGAAGCAGGACAUCAGCUUGUGAAUAUUCUGCAAAUAAAGUAUCUUCCUUCA